GCGUGACAUGUCGCUGCCAGCUAGUGGCGAUCCGGAGGCAGAGAACACCAGGAGACGGACUAGGACUGGCUGGUUGGUUUUGCCACUUCAUACCUGGACGCGGCGACUGCUGAAGGAAUACAUCUAGCCUCCCGUGCCGUGAUCGUCGCCGAAAGUGCGAUGGGGCCCGUCCUGUCACCCUUGAAUUGUACCAGUACACUAUUCAGCUACUUCUUCAACAAGACCCCGCAAAGCAGGAUGUCUCCGCUUUGGCUACUUGCACUCUACUCUGUGUGUAUGAAAUGAUGGCGUCAGGAGUGGAUGAAUGGCGACGUCAUCUAAAGGGAUGUGCCGCUCACCUUCAAGCCCAAAAGUGGAAUGGAUCCAGCAAAGGCAUCGUAAAGUCAUGCUUUUGGGCAUUUGCUCGUAUCGAUGUGUGGGCGGCUUUCAUUAGCAGGAAAACGACUCUCAUUCCAACCAAUUUCUGGUUGGAUGAUAUGUCAAUUCCAUCGGUGGCCACAAGGGGGGAUAUCGACGAUUAUUGUAAUCUGGCUAAUCUGAUAUUUGCCGAAAUCGUCAAUUUCCUAGCUACACAUGGCCAAGAUAAAGGUGGCCAUGACAGCGCAUACGCAGCGUCGGUGUCCUUGCUCUGGCAGAAACUCCAGGAUUGGAGAGGCUAUCGACCACAGGAAGUCAAGCCCCUCCUUAGGAAUCCUGCGGCGUCGUCAAAAGUGUUUCCUGUGGUUCUCUACUCUCGCUCGUCAUCAAUUUGCGGUAAUACUUUCUAUCAUUCCGGUUCUAUACUAUUGCUGCAAACGGGGGAAGUCCCACUGCAAGCCCAUAACAUAUCCAGUGAACCUAACAGCCCCGUCUGGCACGCACGGGAGCUCGGCGGUAUUUCCAUCUCGAACCCUUCCCAUGCAAACUGGGUCAAUCAGGCCCAACCGCUUUACAUUGCGGGAACUGUUUUUACUCCCAGCGGAGGCGCACUAACUUUGUGGACACAUGAUUCUAUCAAUCGUCAGGAUGUGCAAUCACAGGUAGACCUAUCAGUACAACGCGGGAGCACGAUAAACUCGCUUGCGGGUGAUGAUGCGUCCCUGGAAACAUGGGAAGGGGAAGAAAGGUACGCUGCUGAGAAGGUCCUCCUCCUGAAGCAGUUGGUUCGCAUAGAACGAGAGACCGGUUGGAAAACGUCGGAUCGUGCGGUCGAUCUAAGGCUACUGUGGGGAAUGGGAUAGGUGGGCUUCCAUGCAACAGCGCAUGGUCUGCUUCUGGAAACCGGUGCUUGUAUCACGCUAUAAGAUAGGGUAAUACCAGCGUGUCAAAUGUGCCCAUGCACCGACGGCAUACCUCAGCGGGGCACCAAUGGCCAUGGCCCUAGAAUCGAGGCGUUAUGGUUGACAGGGGACCGUCGUUUAGACCAGGAAAUAUAGCGUGCCAUGCAGUAACCCUUCCCUACUCAUAAAAUAUCAAGGAGCAGAAGAACGAGCAGUGAUACGACGUUGACCAACGUAUCUCAUGGCAUCUCUGGUGAGAGACCCAGCGACACGCUGCUUGUUUUUGAUUUUCGGUUUCUAGGAGGCUUUGCAUGACUGGUUGGAUAGAUAACCGUGGAGCUAUGGAUUAAACAGGAUCGUGAUGCAUGACUCCAUGCAUGUCAGUCUGGAUAAUCUGGAGUAUAGUUGUGCAGAACAUGGGAGCGCCUCUUUUGCUGGCCACUGUAAC